UCUAUGUAAAUACCACUUAUUUGUGAAACGGUCGCGGUGUUUGAAAUAUCUCCGAAAAUAUGUCCAGUGAGGAGAAAGGGGAAGCUGGCGAGAGAAAAAAUGACAUCGAUUUGGAUACUAUUCUCACAGAGGAGGUGGGACAGUUUGGGAGAUACCAGCUCUUGAUGCUGGCUCUCGCCACGAUACCGGUCAUCUUCUCAGCGUUUGCAUCGGGCGAGUACAUAUUCACUACUGCGAGGAUACCUAGCAGGUGUCUCAUACCGCAAUGUGACGGCGCCGAGCCCGAGUUCGCUCCAGAGUGGAAGGGCGCUGCCAUACCGAGCGCCGGCGGCGCGUUCGAGCAGUGCGCGCGCUUCAGCAACAGCUCGCAGCAGGCGCCGGCGCCGCCCGGCACGUGCCCGGCCGCGCUGUUCACCUCCGACACCGAGCCCUGCGAAGCUUACGUUUAUCAGAACAUGAACAGUGUAGUUUAUGACUUUGAUCUUGCCUGUGAUGAGUGGCGGCGAUCUCAGAUAGGGUCCAUCCGCACCAUCGGCACGCUGCUCGUGCUGCCCAUCACGGGCUACGUGUCGGACCGCUGGGGCCGGCGCGUGGCGCUCACGCUCAACGCCUUCAACACCGGCUGGCUCGGCCUCGUGCGCUCCUUCGUCAACAGCUACGAGUGGUUCCUGGCGCUGGAGGUCAUCGAGUCUGCUGUGGGAGCAGGGGCUUUCUCUUCAUGCUAUAUUUUAGUAACUGAGCUAGUUGGUCCUAAGUACCGAGUAAUAGCAGGUGCAACGAUUUCAACCAUGUUCGCUGUUGGUCAGAUAAUACUGGGCUUCAUCGCUUGGGGAAUGCCAGCUUGGAGACCUUUAACUCAAAUACUAUACGCCCCUCAGCUGCUCGUCAUCUCAUACUUUUGGAUACUAGCGGAGUCAGUGAGGUGGCUCAUGAGCAAAGGCCGUUACGAGGAAGCUGAAAACAUUCUGAAAAAAGUUGCAAAGAGAAAUGGGAAAGAAUUAUCCGAGAAAUCAUUGGAAGCAUUAAGGGCCUCUGCUGAAGCGGAGAAGAAUAGAGAGAAACCAAAAGAGCCUUGGCUCCCAAUAUUGGUCUUCAAGUCUCGUGUGAUUUUAUUAAGAUGCUGCGUCUCUCCAAUCUGGUGGAUAACGAACACAUUGGUGUACUACGGCAUGAACGUCAAUGCGGUGAACCUUUCUGGAAAUUCGUACUUGAACUACGCUAUCGUAGCAGCAAUCGAGAUUCCUGGCUUCUGGACAGCAAUAUUACUGUUGGAUAGGAUUGGAAGGAAGCCUGUCCUGAUUAGCGCUUACACAUUGUGCGCAGUUUGUCAAUUUACAUUUGCAUUUUUACCUGAAGGUAUGGAUGGGCUUUCAUUAGCCGCCUACUUGAUCGGAAAGUACAGCAUUGCGGUGGUGAUGACGUCGGUAUACGUGUACACGGCGGAGCUGUAUCCCACCAAGCACCGACACAACCUGUUCGCCUUCUCCUCCAUGGUGGGCCGGCUGGGCUCCAUCACGGCGCCACUAACGCCAGCUCUGGCUCAAGAGGUGUGGGCCAGCCUGCCGUCGGUGCUGUUCGGCAGCUUCGCGCUGCUGUCGGCGCUGCUGGUGCUCACGACGCCGGAGACGCUCGGCACCAAGCUGCCCGACACCAUGCGCGACGCCGAGGACCUCGGCCGGAACACUGACAACUCACAAUAAAAUAUU